UCAACAAUGCUGCCUGGUUGUCCGAGUGUUUCUGUCCUUUUAUUUUUUAUUUCUUUGAAGUAGAGUCACUUUGUGAUGCAUUUCAGUUUAGAUUAGGUUAUUUUGUGCAUAUUUACAUAUGUAAAAAGAAAGAAAAAAAAGAAAAGAAAAAGCCUGAAUAUUAAUAUUAACCUCCUGUUUAAAACUGUGAUGAUGUCCAGCGCCGUGGAGUUCCACUCGCAGAUCGCCUCCAUCAUGGAGGCCCUGGCCAACGCGGCCGUGGCCGAGAUUUGCAAAGUUGUGGACGACGGAUACGCGCUGGUCAAUGUGGAAAUGUCCCGGAGCCAGAAGGAGAACGACAUCCUCCGCAGGAGGAUCCGGCUCCUGGAGCUCCAGGUCUCCAGGUACCGAGCGGAGCAGAGCCGCUUCUCCGCCGGGCUCCGCCUCCCCCUCAGCCGGCAGAGCAGAGACCCCCAGGCCGGUUCCUCUCUGCAGGGCAGGACCCGGUUUCUGAACCGAGGUUCCGGGACUCACCAGUCUGUGCAGAAGACCAGUCCAAUCCACCUGGACCAGGAUUCGGAUCAGAACGUCGUCACCACAACCAAAACCGAGUCAGCGGAGGUCGAGGAGGAUUCGGGUCUGUUGAUCGUGAAGGUGGAGGGAGCGGUGGAGUCCGGACCCAGAGACCUCCAGGCGCCGGUCGACUUGCUCGUUGGAGGCGGAGGAGGAGGAGCAGACGCCGCCACGUUGCUUCCUGCCACCUCGGAGGACGGCGGCGGCGGCGGCGGCCUGUCGGCCACGCGCAGCGGCAAAACGGAGGACGAGGAAAAUUCGAGCAGCCCUCAGUGCUGGGAGGAAAAGAUGGAUGAAGUGCAAGUUUUCUCUUCAAAGGACCACAGCUCCUCUCAGUGGCAGCAGGUCGGAGACACGGAGCAGCCGUCCUGCUCCGUAUACGACGCCGCAAACUCAUCACUGAGCCGUGACGCAACAAAGUCGGUCUCUGGUUUCACUGCAGCUUCUCAAACUCCUCAAGCGUCCGACCUCGACUUCACUGCAAUAAACUUUCGUCCUGGAAAUGACCGAACCGAUGAAGCGGCUCCCCUCCUGGGCGCUAGUUCGCGGUAUCGUCAGGGUGAAGAUCCAGGCGACUGUGUGAUGUUUGACGGUAGUUCAGCCUUUGGUGGCUGUGUUUCUACCUUCAGCGGCCUCCCCGGUGACUCCCGGGACCAGCAAACCCAGGAUUUGUUGCCUCGAAACCAGCACACGGAAAACCUGUCAAGUCAAAACCAACCGGCAAAUGGUCGGAAUCAGGACUCCGGCUCGGCCGAGUCCGGCCUCCCUUACGGCUGCACCUUCUGCUCACGCCGCUACGCCCACCAGUGCCAGCUGCGCAUCCACGAACGCGUCCACACGGGGGAGAAACCCUACCAGUGCGGGCAGUGCGGGAAAAGCUUCGGCCAGUUCUGCAGCCUCAAGCGCCACCGCAUGGUCCACACGGGCGAGAGGCCGUUCCCCUGCGCCCACUGCGGGAAGCAGUUCUCCACGUCCACCAACUUGAAAGUCCACCAGAGCGUCCACACCGGGGAGAAGAGGUUCCACUGCUCCAAAUGUGGCAAGAACUUCUCCUUCCUCAGCAACCUGAUCAGACACCAAACCGUGCACAGCACCAAGUAGCUUAGAAAUGGACUCCAGCGGUGCUACUUCCAGUCCGGUCUCGGAUCCGCCGUCACUGUGCUGUUCCCAAAGGCUUUCAUCGAAAAAGAAAGUCUUUACAUUAGUUCAAGGUUUGCUUUUUUUGAAAAUGUGGAAAAAUAAUGACACAUACAGUUUGUAGCUGGGAAUCAACCUGUGUUGAAAUGUAAAAUAAUUAAAUAAAAUAAACAACCUGCCUGGAAAA